AUGACUGUCACAACGCCAUUGCCGCCAAUGAUCGAAUCUACUGUCGAGACCACUGUCACCGACUCGAGUACGAGAGAGGAGGAGGAAAUGCCGAGGGUGCCGCUGACCGAGCAGGUUAUGGACCACAACAUACGAAUGAGCGACGUGCCCGACGUGGACCCGGAGGCGACGAACGUGCCGGAUUCCAGCCUGGACAGGAACCGGGUGAUCCGUGACGUGGCGUAUUUUAUUCGCGCCCACAAAUUUCACGAUUACGACCGUCGGUACUACAAGAGAGGGGAGGAGGCUGCGAGCAGAUUGUAUGAAGAGUUCCCGAAACCCGGUCUGAGAUCCCUGCACUGGGAGGUGCGUAAGCACUGCGAGGCGAGUUUCGUCGAGUGCCUCAAGUAUCUCGAAAGGAUCAUUAGGCUUACGGCCCUCAGGCGCGAGGACGACACCGUCACGGUCAUGGGAGAACAGAAGUGGAACCCGGUGAACAAUACCGAGCAGAUCUUGGCUGUUCAAAGGGACUGCCAGAUAGCCCAAAGGCGGGACAAUCUCACCGCAGUUCCGUUUCAGGGUCCAAUUGAACGCUUCCAAUGGCGCACUACCGUCAGCUACUAUAUGUGCUGGUACACGAUGCUAAGCGUCCCGGACUUAGCUACCUUCGGCGAGCCCUGUGACAAUCACGCCAACUGCCUUGAUGAAUAUGGUGCUCAUAACAAGGAUCCACGAGCGGACGACACGAAACCGUACGCCUGCGCCCUGUACAGUUUCUGCCCGGACCAUUGUUGUCCCAUGAAGCACAUCCGGUACAUGAAAGACUGUUACCAGUCGCAGAGCAACCCUUGCUACGCUGAGAAUCAACCAGCGCAUCGGAAAUGCACGCUGAACCGGGACGAGAAUCGCGACUUCCAGGCGCUCAGGGCGAAUCAGAUUAACGUGAGCUGCGAAUGCCAUCAGCGCGGUUACGAGUGGUCUUCCAGAUUCAGCCUGUGCGUCGAUGUGAACGAAUGCGUUCGAGGUACGCACAAUUGUACGCGGAAUGUCGGCGAGAGUUGCCUGAAUCUACCCGGUCACUACACUUGCGUCUGCCGACUUGGCUACAUCUACAAUCCGGAAAUAAAACGGUGUAUUCGCAGCCCGAAUAUUGAUAGAGCGUUGAAGGGUUACGCGAAAGAAUCGAAGACUGUAACGAAAACGAGAGGUCUGGUUGCCAAGAUCGUCCAAACCAUUACUAGAUCUGCCGCAAGUGGCUACGUAGUCGUACGUGGCUAUGAAAUCAAUUUUCCAUUUAUAUUAAUUGCAUCGAUCUACACGGUCAUAUAA